GAAGCAAAGUAACAAAAGUUUGCAGCAGCAGCGAAGAAAAAAAAUGUUACAUUCGAUCCAAAAUUAAUUUUCAAAAGGAAAUCGAGGAAACCUGCCAAUGUUUAGAUCCUUGUGAUGGUGUCAGCUACAAAGGAGAGAAGAAAAGAAUUGUUUUCGCUGGGAAACUUGUCAACAGAUUUGAAAAGGAUACGAUAACCAAAAGAUCGUUUGACGUUCGCUUCAAAGACGAAAAAUUUUAUCCUUUGAUUUUAACUAAAAGUUAUGACAACAUUGAACUCAUUUCGCAUAUUGGUGGAUUGAUUUUACUUUUCGUUGGGUUUUCCUUCCCAUCGAUUGUUUUCGCAACUGUAAGAUAUGGAAUCAAGUGUCUGAUCUUUAAAUAUGAUUCAAUGAUAGCAACUCGUAUCGUCAAAAGGUCACUGAAAGUGUUGAUGGCAAUUCCAUGCGUUCUUGGAAGUUUUUACAUAAUAAUUAAAUUUUCUUUUCACGACAUGGCAAAUGAUAUUAUUAUUGAACAAGGAGACGAUAUUUCAGUAUCUCAGAUUGCUUUUCCGGCUGUUACAUAUUUUGCAAGACAACCCUGGAACUACAAAUUUAAAGGCUAUUCUAAAUUUUGUGUUAAUUCAGAACUUUCCUCUUUUGAUCUCUUUAAAACAAGUUGGUUUCAAAACCAAACAGCAGUGUGGAAUGAAGCUCAUCAAGUUGAAUUUGCAGAAGUAAUGACAUCACGUGGAACGGGAAUUUCAUUCAAUAUUUUAGAUUUUAACGACAUGUUCAAGACGAUUGAAAUUUCUAGCGAUUUCUUUUAUGAUAGAAACAUAACUUUGAGAGGUGGAACGAAGAAAUUUAUCUCUGAUCGUCCAUGGAAAGCUUUUAUAUCGUCACAUGGUUCACUUAAUCUUGAAUUGACUACAAUGGAGAUUUAUUCUCGAAAACUUGAACACGCUUUCUUUGUUCAUUCUCCAUUGGAACUGCCUUUGGGUUUGGUUGAUGAUGACAUCAUUGAGUUCGAUGAAGGAAAAUCGUUAAAAAUUUUAAUCUCACCUUACAUGAUUACAACUGAUGAUGAUGUCAAACGACUUAAAAUUGAAGACAGAAAAUGUUUCUUGGAAAAUGAGAAGAAUUUAAAAUUAUUUAAAGUUUACACAAAACGAAAUUGUGAAUUGGAAUGCAUGUCGGAUCAUACAAACAAAACUUUGGGGUGUGUUAUGCUUGAUGUUGUCAGAGAUCGGAACACGGAAGUUUGUGAUGAAAAACAUAAAAUUGAAGGAUAUAAAAAGGUUCAAGUUUACACUGUUCAGAACCUGAAUUGUAACUGUUUGGAACCAUGUGACAUGAUAAGAUAUGACACACAAAUAUUGGAAGACAAACUAAGGAAUUUGACAACUAAUGAAACUUUUCUUAGCUUUCAAUUCAAACAUUCCACUUUCACUCCUCUGAAAAGAACUCUCAGACAUAAAAGGAUGGACAUGUUCAAUUUUGCUUGUGGAUUACUCAGCUUCUAUUGCGGAUUAAAUUUAAUUCAAUUUCUGAAUGUUUUUCUGAAAUUUCCACAACAAAUGUUUAGAAAAAUAUGUUUGAGAAAAU